AAAUAGCAACAACAUCAUCAGCUAUCGAAAACCCAAUGAGUCAUAUACCCAAGCAUGAUGUUGCUGUUUUUGGUGUGUCUUCUGAUUUGAAUGAUAUUAAUUUACCAACCGAUCUGGAUAUCUUGAGAUAUUAUUUUUACUUAAGCGAACGUGCAAAAACAGAACAAAAAAAGUUUUCUUAUAAACAAUUCUCUAAUCACGUAACAGAUAGGUUGGUUGGAAUUUGGGAAAAACUUGGUAUGGAAAUAAUUUAAAAAAAAAUAUGUUGCUGUUAAAUUGAAUAGAUUGGUUGACAAAUACCAAGCCGAAAUUAAGAAGACGAAUAGAGACCUUUUAGUGUUUACCGGUACUCUGAACGAAAUUUUUUAUAUUGGAGCAUGUAAAUGCGAUUUGACGGCAGCUCAAUGUAACUGCGGUUUGGUUCCAGAACGCCUCAAAGAGUUUAUGCACGAUCAACAUAAACAGAGAAGACUAACAAUUGAUGUAUUUCUGAUGGAAAUUGAAGAGCAAGGGACAUCGUCAUCAAUGCCAACAAUGCCAACAUACGAAGAUCCCGAUGAUACAACAAACGUAGACGUACCGAUGACGGUUGAUGAAGAUGUUAUGAAUAGAAGCACAAGUUCACAAUACACAGAAAGAUACGAUUGUUUUAACUUUGCCUUGAUGUGUGACAGAUUUGGUGUGUCUGAUAGAGUAGCGUCAGCAUUGGCAACCAGUCUUUUCAAAGAUUUUGAAAUGAAAGAUCAGCAUGGCGAACCUCUCAUCAUGGAUAAAUCGAAAGUUCGUAGAGAAAGAGAGAAAUGCAGACGAAUAGUGCUCCGCAAAAGGUUUGAUGAUUCCAGUUUAAUAGCGUUUUCAUUCGACGGCAGAAAAUAUGAUACUUAUACUAGAGAAAAAAUUGAUGGUAAGUAUCAUAGUAGGAUGGUAAAAGAACCUCACCUUGUUAUUUUGAGAGAACCGAAUUCUCGAUUGAUUGGUUACGCAAGACUGGUAGAGGAAAGUGCUGAAUACAAAACAACAAAAUUGAAUGAAUUUUUCAACGAUAAAAACAUAUCUCUGGAUGCAUUGAUUGGCAUAUGCACUGACGGUGAGCCAACAAACACUGGCACACACGGUGGAAUUAUACGAAGAUUCGAAUUGCUGCUAAAAAGACCAUUGCAUUGGUUUGUUUGCCUUCUACACUUCAACGAACUUCCGUUUCGACAUUUGUUUGGGGUUUUGGAUAAAUCAUCCACCACUGGACCAACAUCAACAACCGGGAAACUAAGCAAGCAAAUUGAAAAUUCUGAAGCUCUUCCGGUGGUGAGCGACUUUCAGAGAAUUGCGUUGGAAAAUAUGCCUCCUGUUGCAGAACAGCACGAAUAUUCCACCGAUUCGCAGUACUUAUACGACAUGGCACAUGUAAUUUCUAAUGGCGUGGUUUCUGUGGAUCUGGCUAACAUAAAACCAGGGAAAAUUGUACAUUCUCGCUGGCUCACCAAGGCCGCUAGAUUAUUACGAUUAUAUGUGACAAUGAAAAAACCACCUAAAAAUUUAAGAAUUCUGGUUGAAUUUAUAAUUAAGGUUUAUGUGCCAAUGUAUUUUAAUAUCAAGUAUUACAGCUCUGUCGUGUACGGUAGUGUAUAAUUUUUCAAGUACAUUACUUGGGCACAAUUUCUGGAGCCAAAUUUACGCACUGUUGUCAAUCAUGUAAUUAAAAAUAAUCCAUAUUUUGCACAUUCGGAAAAUAUCUUGCUAUCAAUGUUGUUUGAUGAUAGGAAAGAGGUGCGCGACUCUGCUAUCAAGAAAAUUUUACGAUAUCGAGACAAUGUUGAAGACCCAUCGGAACUUAGAGAAUAUAAAAAACCAGAUAUAAACUUCCAUUGCUUCGAUUACACGAAAAUGAUCGAUUUGACUGAUAAAAAUAACGUAUUUGAACCACCAUUCACGCGAAUCAUUCCGUAUGAAACAUUGAUAGCAUAUUUAAAUGAAGAUGAUUCACCAUUUACUGAUCCGCAUAUUCCAUUACAUAUACAAGGAACGGAACAACACGUUCAACUGCUAGCUAGCGUUUCCAAACGAGUAAUAUCGGAAAAUGUAGAGGCUGUUAUGGAGGCGACAUUAGAUA